UUGACGUAAUAAGAAUAGUGUUAUAAUAAUAAUAUUAAGAAAAAUUAGUUGGGGGAGGAAAGGAAGAAAGAAAGAAGAGACCCACGCAUGGCCCGGUUUGAUAGACAAAAUUCUCAAUAAGCAACUAAGCCAAAAACGUAAGCUGUACGCAUAUUCGACGUGCCCUCGAUCAAUGCCGACCUGUACAUGUCCCGCCACCACCAUCCCCACAUUUCCACAUACUACUAUUAUUAUUAUUAUUAUUAUUAUCAUAAUCUCAUUUCAAUACCUUUCCAUUCCUCUGCGCCUCCAUGGCUAACCUGCGCACCAGGAGACUACUCACGAAUCCCACCCCACCUCCCUCUCCCAUCCCUACCGGCAAAGGAUCUCGCUCCGCCUCAAACGAGCCCUUCGCCCGCUUUCUUCACGACUCCCUCCGCGUCCCCGGUCUCGCCUUACCGCCUUCUUACCCAGUAGACCCAACCCAUCGUACUCGUCCCACUCCUGAGGUGGUAGAUCUCCGAGGCGGACGCGGAGGUUGUGGCGAUCGGAUUCGGGAUUCGGGUAAGAAGUUUGGGUUGGUUCGGAUCAGCGGUCACGGGAUUUCGGUGGAUGAGUUGAAAUGGUUGUUGAUUCAAGGCGGUGAAUGGGAUUCUGAAGAGUGUAGUAGUGAUGUGUUGCGAAGAAGGAAUGGGAAUCGGAAAGAGGAGAUGUUGUGGGUUUCUUCUCCGACUGAACGAACGCAGUCUAUUCUGAAUUGGGCAGAUGAUCCGAAGUAUCGGGUGCUAAGCGAAAACAUGAAGAAUAUUGGGAGUAAACUUGAAGCGAUUGCUGAGAAAGUUUGUCAAAUUUUGUUGGAGGAUGGCAGAAACCAAGUAAACGAUGAGAAAAUAAUGUUCGACGGAAAAGAGUCUGUUACCUACUUGUACAGACACAAUCACCAACAAAGCUCCAUGGAUCAAACCCAAAUAACUUUAAACAAUAAUGAGAAUGGAACCCAAUUGUGUUUGAUCCUCCACCUUUUCAUUGAGCAUUGCCAAAUUUAUGUUCAAUCAGAAGCAGAUCAUCUCUAUUUUGAUGCAGGUCCAGAGACACUAGUUGUCACUAUUGGGAAACAACUACAGGAAUGGAGUCUCCAAGAUGAUUUCAAGCGUGUUAUUGGGAAAAUGAUUUUUGUACCAGCUGGCAUUUAUGAAGCCCCAGAUUACUCUUUCUCCAUAAAACUCAACUACUUUUCUUCAAAUUCAAAUAAAGUGUUACAAAGAAAUAUUGGUAAGACAAUCUCCAUCGGUGAUCAGAUCGUAAUAGCAAUCGUCAUCACUCUCCUAUACAAAAUUUUCAUGCUUCUAACAUCAAAGAUUGCUGGAGUAUAGUUUUGGAGUGUCUUGGUAUACCAUGACACACAUCUAUCUAGUACUCCUCUUUUUAUUUUUUUGGUGGUACAGGUUUGGUGUGAUCAAUUUAUUUUCUUUUUCUUACUCUGAAAGUUAAGUUUAUGGAAAGGGUCCCCCUUGAUGUAUUCGGGACCUGUGAAUGGCAUGGCUUGAAGGAUUGAGUGAAAGUUUGAUUAUACACAAAAAAAAAAAAAAAAAAAAACACUUGUACAAAUCUUCAUA